ACACGCAUGAAAGUCCCCAGUCGUCGCCCUUGUCGUAUGUAUUACGUGGAGACUGUGGCAGAGAUGGCAGACCAUGCCUGGGUACCUGGGAAAGUUACCUACCCCUUCACAGGAGGAGAGCAGUUCUCAGAUCUGCCUGUGCUGAGACGGAGAGGGAAACAGAGGGAAAAGGACUACAAAUACACAAUACCCAAGCGUCUGUUGGAGUCGUGGAAAGUCAGUGUGCUGGAAGCUGAGUUUCUCCUACCUGACCUUCUGAAGAAUACUGCUGUCUCUUCUUCCAUGGCCUUUAACGGUGAAGAGCGGGUGUCCUCCCCACUGCCUGAUGAAAAAACAUCCGAGGCCCCCUCUUGUUCCUCCUUUAACCUCACUGCACCCCCUCCCUCAGCCCUCCCCCAACAGAAACAAACAUCCCCCUGCUGCCGACCUGGCCGUAGCGAACGACAGUAG